GACCUGAUUUGGUGAAGUUUUUUGUUCAUUUUCAAGAUGUUUCUUAUAUUUAAAUUUAAUAAAUGGUUUUGCUAUUAGUCCAAACCCAAAGGCGUACUUUAUUAAGGAGACGCCAUAGCUUUUGUACUGGAGACUAAAUAUUACAAGAUUCGUUAUAAUUAGCAAAAGGAAAAUGCUAAAAUUAGUAAGAGAAUGAUUGAAAGAGAGAAGAAAAUCACAAGAAACGCGGCCAACCCUAACUUCUCCAACAAGGAAUCUUGGGAAUAACAAACAAAACAAAAGAAUCGUAAAACCUCCGUCAAGACCAAAACUGCAUCGGUCUGAUUCGAACUCCAAACGAAUCAGACAAUAGCAAGAGACACUCCUUCGAAUAUAAAAUCCGAUACAAAGAUUCACUUGAUCAUCCCUUCCAAAUAAAGUAAUCUUUAAACCCUAAUCCAUCAAAGAGGAUGCUAAUAUCGUGUUACCUAGGGUUUCUUGAUUUGCAUUGAUCUUGUUUCAAGAACAUGGGAAGCUUUCGUCGCCGGACUUUUUCAUACGACAAACUUCCGGCCGAACCCAUUAGGCUCUCCGUUCUUAAACUAGAUGGCACGUCCUUUGAUGUUAACGUAACGAGCUCCGCGACCGUUAGGGAUCUCAAGCUUGCUAUAGAGACGGCCUUCAGCCACGUCCCCAAGAAGGGACCAUCCAAGAUCUCAUGGCCACACGUGUGGGGACACUUCUGCUUGUGUUAUGGGGAUCAGAAGCUAGUCACCGAUACGGAGUGCAUCGGAAGUUAUGGCAUGAAGGACGGUGAUGAGGUAAGAUUCAAGAACCAUGUGUCUGGCAAUGCCGUAUUCAACAAGGGAUACUCUAGGAAAACCAAACAAAAUAAUUUAGAGAGGGUAGGACCAAAAAAUGAAGCUGAGGAAGUGAAUAGAAUGGAGGAGAUUGAUGAUGAUCUUGAGAAAGGAAGCUUAGUGAGGUACGAGGAUGAUGUCUUGGAAGCUUCUCCAGAAGACAACAGGACUAGUCUAACCACUGUCCAUGGUUGCUGCUUUGCUUUUGGUCUGAAGGAGCUUCUUGGGUUUGGCAAUGACAAAAGCUAUUACUCUUUGAGAGAUACUUGGAGAGACGACUGAAUGAUUCCUUUUUUUCGGUUUUCUUUUGGUAAGAGUUUUGGUCGCAGGACACAUUUAUUUAACUUUGUAAUCACAACAAAAAUGAUCAAAGGAUCAUGUUAUAUUACAAAGGAUGGUAUGUUCAGGGAAACUUCUAACAGAUUAAACAAAAGUGGAAACAAACAUAGCCUUUGUAGACAUGCCUUGCUUUUGUCUGUAACCGCUGUGUAGCCGCCAACAGAAAGAACCUGAAGAUUCAGGUGGUUUGGGAGAAAAUGCUAAAGCCUUGACCCCAUGAUCUGAGACCAAAGUGUUUGAGAUGUCAAGGUCAUUGACUGAGUUGCAGUUCUUGGCCAUUGUGACUGUGUUGUCUAAAACAUUGACACAUCCGCUCAGAUUCACCUUUACUAGACCAACGUUGUUGCUCUGAAACAACUCAAGCAAAUAACCAAAGUGGUUGAUCCUGUGACAUUCCUCAAGUUUCAAACUUUCAAGAGACUAUGCGGAUAAAAAUAAACAUUUACUUGGGUUAUAAAAUAUAAUACAAUUCUGAGUUUAUUACAAUAAAUCAAGUGUGUAACACAUACCAAACACACAAACAACAGAAAUAAUAUAAAUUGGUAUUUUCCUGUUGAAGGUAAAAUAUCUUAGUUCCUUGAGAUUUUAAAUACUUUUCAGGAAGCCAAGUUUGAUUACACACAAGAACACACACAAGAAGAAGAAAAAGAAGGAGGAGAUGAGAUUAAGUAUAUUCUUGAGUUGCAAAUCAAUCAAUCAUACAAGCCCUCUUGCUCCCACACAUCCACCAGAAAAUCCACCAUUUCCUGCCCACAACCAUUAAUCAUAUAUAUCAAAAUCAGAUUUUACAAAAAAAAAAAAAAAAGUGUCUGGAAAGUU